AUGUGCCUGUGUCUACAAAGAGGUCUCACCAGUUUUAGCUGCAGGAUUUUAAUGGACUUUUUCCUUGUGGUCUUCUCCGGUGAGGCUGUUUCAUCUUCAGUGAGUGCCAGCACCUGUGCUGCCCACCAGGAGGGGGUGGCACUCGUGUCCUGCUGGAGGGACAGGCAGUCUGGGCAGAGAGCAGCUGGAGCUUGAAGUGUUUGCAUGGGCAUGAGGCUGAACCCGGAUCUUUCUGAAGAAGCUUUCAGAUGAAAUUGCUGAGAAUUUUUGCCUGAAGCAAGGGAUGUUUCCCAUGUUUAAGACAAGCGGCAACCUGCAGUCAGGAGGAAGAAGGGACUGAAUUCACUCCAGAGUAUUUCUCGGAGAUCUUUUUUUUCAAGGGACCAACCGGAGGAGACAGUGAGGAGAAGGCAACAUGGUCCCAAGAGGCUCUGCUGCCGGCGUGUGUCAUUUUCCUUGGAGCAAGAACCUGAGGCUUCUCUGUGUCCCAUCUCCUACCACACCCUGAAAUCAAACUCGGCAGCUUAGGUGAACCAGGCACUGUACAAACAUGUCAGACUUGCCUCCACCCCUUUUCCUUCUCCCGCUUUCUGCUGCCGUGUUCCUCUCUCAAGUGUAUCGGCGUGUCCGUGGAUUAGGGCGGCAGAGCAUUCCCACCUCACCUCUGGUCACAGAGCCAUGAGGAGCCAGGGGUAAGCUCCCUCCUGCAGCUUUGGGGCUCUGAAUUGACCUGCCUGCUCUUGAGCCCUAACAGCUCCAUCCUGAUGGCUGCUGUUCUGUGCGGUUUGUUUCCCCUGUUUACAGAGGACUUGGUUUGUCAGUUUGAACUAACGUCUCCGCUCCCCAGUGGCUCUGCUGCUGCAGCUUAACCCGUUCUCUGCGGAGCUCAGCUGUGCCACUGCCCUGGAUCAGCAUCAUUAUCACAGAGGCGUUGGCAGUGCCAGCCUGGGGCAAAGUGAGGGGGGAACAGUUCCAGGGGUCAUACCAUUUUUUUCUCUCAAGGGAUGGUUCUGGAAGGGAAGAAAAUCAGAGAGCUGGAUUCCUUUGGGAAGGAGUUUACUUCGGCUUUACUCCUAUAGCCCAGCAACAUCAUCCUCCAAUGGGCUUCGCUGCAUGACAGUGGGAGAGUUCCCCUCCAGACCCUUCUUUCUCCAUUCAUGUGGAAUUGUCCUCUACCAGCAUCGUUGCAGCAGGACUGCCAGACAUUACUGCCUUAAUUUAUUUGGGGACAGAGUACUGAAAAAAACAGAAGAGAAGUUUUGUGGCUGGCAUCAUGUUCCGCAAGAAGAAGAAGAAACGCCCGGAGAUCUCAGCUCCGCAGAACUUCGAGCACCGUGUCCACACUUCCUUUGACCCAAAGGAGGGCAAAUUUGUGGGCCUGCCACCCCAAUGGCAGAACAUUCUAGACACGCUGCGGCGCCCCAAGCCCGUGGUGGACCCUUCAAGGAUCACAAGGAUGCAACUGCAGCCUAUGAAGACCGUGGUGAGGGGCAGCACGGUGGAAGUAGAAGGCUACAUCUCCGGGAUACUCAACGACAUCCAGAAGCUUUCUGCCAUCAGCUCCAACACUCUGAGGGGAAGGAGCCCCACCAGCAGGAGGAGAGCUCAGUCCCUUGGGCUCCUGGGGGAAGACAGACCCCCAGACAUGUAUCUUCAGAGUCCUGAAGCAGACUGGGCAGACAAAUACGGAAACUACCUCAAUUGCAAUGGUGGGACCAAGGUGACCCGGAGGCAGACCAUGUGGCCAGACUAUAAGCCCCGACUGGAAGGAGAGUCUCAUCCCAAUGGAAUGGUAACAAAAGCACAGUCCCUGGGGCCUUCGGAGUUCCAGGUAGCUGAGGGCAGCUGCCUCCAGCGUGCCUCUGGUGUGCAGCAAAUGCCAGCUCUGCCAGGGGAGACUGAGAUGGGAAAAAAGAGCUCAGAGGAGUGCUGGCCUCAGUCGUGCCUCGUCCGACAAGGCAGCUCCAGGCCUGCAGGGGAGGGCAGCCCGAGCUCCAAAUCCAGGGAGAACAGCCUGAAGAGAAGGCUGCUACGCAGUGUCUUCCCCUCAUCCAGUGGCUUAAACAAGUCAGGCCUUUCCCUGCAGAUAAAGCCUAACGCUUUCUUCCGGCCCCAGCAGUGGGGCUCACCAUGCAGCUCUGCAGCCAAAGCCCAGUCUCUGCCACCCGACCAACCUGCCUCCGAUUUCCCCAGGAUGAUCUCAGAAACUGGGACCCCCCAGAAGUCCCCAACAGUGGAGAAGGCAGUUGCAGGGCCCCAGGGCAGACCCUCACCCGCCGGGUCACCGAGGAACCGGCAAACUCAGACCAGUUCCAGCAACCUUCACCUUCCCCAGGACUCUUCUGCAAAAGGACAGCUGGCCAGUGAGGACCCGGUGGUUGUGACUCAUGAGCAGUUCAAAGCUGCCCUUAGGAUGGUGGUAGACCAGGGGGAUCCCCGGACCUUGCUGGAGAACUAUGUGAAGAUUGGAGAAGGCUCCACAGGCAUUGUCUGCAUUGCCCGGGAGAAGCACUCAGGGCGGCAGAUCGCCGUGAAGAUGAUGGACCUGAGGAAGCAGCAGCGCCGGGAGCUGCUCUUCAAUGAGGUGGUGAUAAUGAGGGACUACCAACAUGUCAACGUGGUGGAGAUGUACAAGAGCUAUCUCGUGGGAGAGGAGCUCUGGGUGCUGAUGGAGUUCCUGCAGGGGGGAGCACUCACGGACAUCGUGUCUCAGAUCAGGCUAAAUGAAGAGCAAAUUGCAACAGUGUGUGAAUCAGUGCUGCAGGCUCUGUCCUACCUGCACUCCCAGGGGGUCAUUCACCGGGACAUUAAGAGUGACUCCAUUCUCCUGACGCUGGAUGGAAGGGUCAAACUCUCGGAUUUUGGCUUUUGUGCUCAGAUCAGCAAGGAUGUCCCCAAAAGGAAGUCACUAGUAGGUACACCCUACUGGAUGGCCCCAGAAGUUAUUGCAAGGAUACCAUACACUACAGAGGUGGAUAUCUGGUCUCUGGGGAUCAUGGUGAUAGAGAUGGUGGAUGGAGAACCCCCCUAUUUCAGUGAUUCUCCGGUCCAGGCAAUGAAGAGGCUCCGUGACAGUCCUCCUCCCAGGCUGAAGAACUUCCACAGGACCUCCCCAGUUCUGAGGGACUUCUUGGAAAGGAUGUUGACACGGGAUCCAGUGGAAAGAGCAACAGCACAAGAACUUCUGGAUCACCCCUUUUUGCUCCAGGCAGGACUUCCAGAGUGCCUGGUCCCCCUCAUCCAACAAUACAGAAAGAGAACCUCUACCUGCUGACUACACAGAAGGGCAAAUGCCGGGGAAAAGUCUUGUUUAUAACAAAAUAAUAUAAAUCAAGAGACCAGGCAGUCUCAUCCUGUGAAUGGUGCUUGGAACUUUUAGAGGACAGAUGUGAAAACUGUCCUUGCAUUCCCAGCCUUCUGUGGCUUCUCUUUUGCUGAAGACAAUCACUACAAACCAGAUCCAAAUCAGACCAGGUCUGGCUCCAGAACAGAGCAGGUGUUUCGUGGCUUGUGGAUCACUUCUGCUGAAGGAUGAGAUUUUAAACUGGAGUCUGAAGUUUUGUAUCUGAAUGUCUGGAAGUUCCUGCAAACCUUGGCUGCUGACUACUGAACUGGAGUGAUAUUUCCCACUUAAAAAUGUGACCUUUGUUUCCUCAGUUGUUCACUGGGGUCUGGAGCUGACUCAACUAUACGUUUUGGGGCAUAGACCCAUUUAAACUUUCAAACAAUGCACAAAGACUUGACAAUUUUUUUUCCUCUGAGACUUUUUCACAGAUUACUUUAAUUUCCUUCAGUUCAAAGUGGACCUAGAAACCUGUACAUAUUUUCCUAGGGAGCAGAUGUGAUGUGUAUAUACUUGUUUCUCAAUGGUUCUCUGGCAUCGAUGUGCUUCUCUUGCUGAGGAAUAUGUAUGGUUUAGUGGUCAAUCUUGAAUCCAUUUCAUGUUCUUAAACUUUUGGAGGGGGAAACCCUUGGACACAGACCUGCAGACAGACUAUGAAGACAGGUGUUCUUGCCACCAGAAUCUUGUGGUUGAAAAUUCCCAAUAUGCAACAUCUCCCUUGUUGGCUGGAAUGGAGAAUCUGGGACAUCUCAUUCCUGUGUUUGCUUUCCAGGCACCUUUCUUUCCAAGUUCUUUUUCCCAGGAGAGGCUGCGAAGUGCCACUCUGAGACAAUUGCUGGGGAGCACUUUGAGGGUGCUCCAGGAGACUGGAUGAAAAAGUUUCAGCUGUCUUGUGUGUCCCAGGAGGAGUUUUUGUGUUCCUGUGAGGUGGUUUGUUGAGCUCCCCUCUCCCCUGCUUGCUGCUGCAGAAGGUGGGAAGAAGAGAAACUUCUGAUGUGUGUUUCAUUACUGGUAUGCCCUUCCCCACCAUUCCUCUGCUGACACGUUCAGAAGGUGACUGGUUGUCUAAAAACCUCUUUCAGUCAUUUAAAAAUAGAAUUAGAUAUUUUGUAUCACACACUUUCUGAUCUGUGAGAUAGUCAAGGUAAUGGGACUCUAGGUCAGGAUGUGACACUGUGCAGUACUGGUGUGUAUUGUGAGGUCUCAAGAAUAUAAUCUUACAUGUGGAACUGGGAUCCUGUUUUGAACCUCCAGAUACAGAUUUACUGGAAUUUAAGUUAUUCUGGGGACAGUCCUGCUGGCUCAGAAACUAACCUCCUCACUGCAUUUUAUUCAGGAGAUGUUAAUCUCUUUCCUCUGCUAUUUACUCCAGUUACAGAUCCUGCUUCAAAAUUGAAGCCACAGCUGAUUACUUGAAAUAAUUUGGGAUGGAAUUGAUCUGCACGGAUGCCAGCCAUCUGAAUGGUGGGCACCCAGUCUGUGAAGUGUUCUAGGUUGGCUCUGUAGAGCAAGGUGAGAGGAACACCUGCAGAGGGUGACCCAUCUCUGCUGCCAGGAGCUGCUGAGGGCUGGAAUCACUGUCCCUCGUACCACCCUGCCUGUGGCCAGUGGAGGGAUCCUGGGUGGUUUGUCUAGACUGGAUGUCUAAGUUUGGGGCUGAUGAAGUUGGUUCAAAUGAAUUAAUUUAGCUCCUCUCUAGCUGCACUGGAAAGUUUUUGAUGUAAAGUGUUUCUGUAUUCCAGAUUUACUGCUUUUUUUAAUGCAAAAGAGCAGGGCUUUGAGAAGAUUUAUAAUUUGGAACAAACGAUCCUGCUCGUCUGUAGUUGUGAAUCCUUUGCACUUGUGUUUUAAAUUAAAGUAGAUCUUGAUUUAUUCGUAA